AUGUCGAUUGCCUUUUGCUUUUUAUUUUUCGUUGUUCUUGACCUCCUUUUUUACCUUUCCAAGCUCUUUUUUUGGAUGUUUCGGGAGCGUGUUGCGUCUGUGGUGAAGAAGCACGCUUCCAAUAUUGCUCCUUUUCUGCUUCUGGCAGGGGUACUUCUGAUUGUUGCAAUUCCAGCUGUAAAGCCGAGAAAGAACUUUAUUGAUGAAAGUGCUGUCAAUGUUGAUGGAAUUCCUGUGUUGAUUACGAGCUCGGACGCAUCUCAUCACGAUGCCACAAUACACCAGUACCAUCGCAUUGUCCACGGCCAUCGUUCUGUGGGCUCGGAAAGUAUUGCUGUUUACGUCAACACUGUGGAGAACUCAUCGAUUAUACUGGCAAACUUUCUAAUUCGAUCUCUUCAAAAGAAAAAUAAUAUGGCGUGUGAGACACACUUUUACUUUGUCAAUGGGAGUACAUUGCAUUGGCCCAUCCCUAACUCCUUUGUCCGUGCAGCGCUGUUUAUCAAUGUCUCUUCUUUAAAGACACGCAAUUUGUGUUUCAGUGUGUAUGGUAAGAAUGGAAUGCAACCCAAUCAGGAUCUCUUUAAUGUAGCAGUCGCAAUGGCCCGCGAAUGGAACUUGAAUGUGGAUAUUCUUUGCCAAAAUCCGCACAUUCCAUAUUCGGUGACACGCUCAAAGUAUGAACAUUAUUUGGCUGCGCUACAAACAGCUGUAAUUGCUCCUCAAAACCCUCAACCAUGGUAUUUUUUCAGGUCAAAUGGUAUCAGUAUGUUGGCCAUUGGAACGGAGAAAUCGGAUGGUUUAUAUGAAGUCUCAGUUGCACAUCAUAUUGCCGCGAUGCAUGAACAACUUAUUGGAACCUUGAGUUAUCUGGAUGAAAGAUUUCAUCACUCUACCUCCGUAUGGGUGCCUCUAAGCGUUACCGAGUACGUAGAGUAUGACAUUGCACAAUUUGGAAUUAUUUUACUUGUGGCAUCACUGCUUUCGGUGGGAUAUUCCAUUUAUGAGUUAGAGGGGCUUUCUCUCUCUCCGCGUGUUGUGUUGAUUUUUUUGGCGCCUGUUCUUGCUUCAGGUGCAAACAAGUUUUUUGGCGUUUGGGGAUCUUUUGUGUGUAGCAUUUUUUUGACGAUUGCAUGGAGUGUGUGUGCGUGGGAAUUGUCGUGGUUGACGAUAAACGCAGUCAUGUUGUGUCUUCUUAUAAUUCUCCAGCCCGCAACGGGUCUUCUUGUUGGUUCCGGAGUCGCCGUGCAACUUUUUUUUCUUCAUGUAAAGUGUCAGAAGCCCCCUUUUUUAUUUUUGGGCACUUUUUUUGCAUGGGCUGUUUUAUACUACUUUAUUGUGAUGCUCAAAAUCCGUCAUGACGACAUGAAUACGAUAGGGGGCAUUUAUCUCUCUUUUUUUGUUUACCCGAACGCCCUAUGGGUGACUAGUAGACUGAUUAGAUCAGUUUUACCAACAAUGUAG